AUGGGCUUGUCCACUACCUGCUUCUCAAUCCUGGAAACCACCAUUGUCCCGGGAAAGGAAGAGAUGAACAUCUGUGGCAUGAAACAGAACCGGGUCCUCCCAGAAGCCCAGGCCAACAAUGUGAAGAAGAUCCUACCACGCCCUCUGUCUAGGGUGAAUGGCUGGUCACCACCCCUCCAUUCAUUCCAGGCAAUAUCCUGGACCACCUACCUGGCCAUGUCCAUUGUCACCUUUGGGAUCUUCAUCCCCUUUCUACCAACUAGCUGGAAAUGUGCUGCCUAUGCUGUGAUGGGUGGGGUGUUCAUAUUCCACCUCUUCGUGCACUUGGUCGCAAUUACCAUCGAUCCAGCUGACACCAAUGUCCGGCUCAAAAAGGACUACUCGGAGCCUGUGCCGACCUUCGACCGGUCCAAACACGCACAUGUGAUUCAGAACCAGUAUUGCCACCUGUGUGAGGUUACUGUGAGCAAGAAAGCCAAACAUUGCAGCUCCUGCAACAAAUGUGUCUCUGGCUUUGACCACCACUGCAAAUGGCUGAACAACUGUGUGGGCAGCAGAAACUACCGGUUCUUCUUCUGCUCUGUUGCCUCAGCUGCAGUUGGGCUUCUUGGCGUGAUGGUUAUCUUGUUGUACGUCUUGAUCCAGUACUCUAUCAACCCCAAGGAGCUUCACACGGACCCCCUGUAUAAAGAGAUCAGCUCUGAGAACAUAUGGCUGCUGUUCCUCCCACUGUGCCCUGUGCCUGUGAAGACCCCCGUGGUCCUUUCCAUCGCGGUGUUGGUACUGCUGCUAGCCACUGCCAGCUUUGUGCUGCUCGGGCACCUGCUCAUCUUCCACUUGUACCUGAUCGCCAAGAACCUGAGCACAUUUGACUACAUGAUGCAGACCCGAUUCCAGAAGAGUCCACAUUCCUCAGAGAAGAAGGAGCUGCCUCUGCGGAAGAAAGCAAGCCUUCCUCAGGAAAAGAGUAACAACACAAGCUGGUCUCAGUCCUCACCCAGAGUGGAGUCCCAGAAGUUCCUGCUGUCUACUCUUCCACAGCAGUCAAAUGCAUGUUUCCUGGCUACAGAUCCAAAGACUCCUCCACAGUAAAGGUGAAUACAGAAAGUUGACUGGGUUUCUAGGACAAGGCUUAAAUUGCGUCUAGGUCCACACUGCCCCCAAUCUGAGGAAAGCAAUGCACCUCACUCUUCUUUGACUGAUAUUAAAGUUUAUAGUUGUGGAAUGGUACUCAGAUAGGAACAAAAGUAAAAAAACAAGGAAAACUGAGGGAUAGAAAAAUCUUAACCAUGAGAGACUGGAGGGGGGUGUGGAAAAUGAAGCACAGAAAUGAAACUACUAAAAUUGAAGCAAUAGUUGUACAUGUUAGUGAAGCACACUGAAGCCUACAAUUUUAACAUACACCAAGAAAUAAGAUUUGUAGUUAAGUGACUACAAAUGACGAAGAGACCAAUAAUGUUCCCUGUUGUAACAGUGCCACUUAGAAGGUUUUGGUUUUGCUAUGGUACAAAAGUCAUACUAGAAAGCAUACUGUUAGUUUAGAAUUUUAAUCUUUUCCUGGGCUAGUGACAAGGAUGAGCUUCUCUCAGGAUGGACGGUAUCAAGCCGUCGGCCCAAGAUCAUGAGGAGACGUUUCUACUCUGUGGUACAUGAUGCUGCUGAGCCGUGGCCUUCAGAAGAGCAUGUGUAGCAUGUGUAUUCUGGACUUAAGAUGUUCUCAAUUUGUGAUGAGUUCCUCGGAAUGCAAACCCCACUGUCUUUCAAGAAUCAUCUAUGUAGAAAAAUGUUAGCAAUGAUAGAAUCUAGGUGUUAAGUACGUAUGCAUUUUCACUUUCAAAUUUUCUAGAUGUUUGAAGAUUUUCACAAUAAAAUGUUGAGGUAUGACUUGGUAAAAAAUAAA